AUGCGGAACAUUUCAACACCAAACCCAGACAACGGCGAAGAGAACUCUGAGGUGAAGGCUAGAGAGGCGAUGUUUGCAGUAAUAGCAGCUUCGUCGUUUUUGCUGAACUUUCUGUUCUGUGCGAUUAUGACGAGAAAACCAAAAAUGCUUAAAAGACCACACAACAUUCUGAUGUUCUCAUUGGCCAUCACAGAUCUACUCACAGCCAAUGAUCGCCGUUUUUUUUUGGUUUUUUUUUCAUCAUCAGGAAUUUUCCUUCUUCUUACACCCGGCUAUGUCAUCAGCAUCGCCUCAUUUCCAGUACCGCGUGGUUUAGCUGGCGAAGUCUUCUGCCGAGUCUUCACGAGCAGAUACGCACUCUUUACAAUGGGAAAAGUCUCCAUUUUGAAUGUCAUGUGCCUGGCUAUUGACAGAUGGUAUUGUAUUCUUCGACCAAUGGCAUACAAGCGCUAUUUCACCCGAAAAAAACUCUCUUUGUACAUUCUAGUUAUUUGGGUUUCUACCGGUCUUCUGCAGAUAAACAAGUUUUUCGAGUGGAAAUUGUCGGGGAGUAAAUGUUCUAAAGUAAAAGCGCCGUAUGGAGAAAAGGGAACUCAAGCAAUGAUCAUUAUUUACAGUCUGAUGGGGUUUUAUGUUCCGUGUUUGAUUACCUGGGCUUCGUUUGGCCAUAUCACACUGCUGUUCAAGACAACGCCAAUGGCAAGAUGCUACGGUGAGCGACAAAGAGCCCAACAGAAAGCUAUCCUGCGCAUGUGCGCUGUGACGUCAGUAACUCUGACACUUUGUUGGCUUCCAGCUCAAACCAUUUAUAUUCUUUCACCAUUUGGUAUCACCAAAAUUGGAAGUCCUUUACACAGGACCGGGGGAAUACUGGCUUUGUUUAACUCUUGUGUCAAUCCUUUGAUUUACUGGAUGACCAACAGAGAGUACAGGACUCUUCUGGUUGAGCUCUUCAAAUUUGCCAAAAUAAAACCUUCCACCAGAGGAAGCUAUACGUUGGAGAGUCAAAUGCGUUAGGCAAUUCGACCUCGGCAAGCCAAUUAAGUGACAGAAACUGGAAUUAAAAUUUGUGCCUGUGGCGCUGUUGCCGUGGUACAUGCCACAAGUCGACCUCAUGAGUUUCAAGAUGGAAUAUCAAAGCAAGUGAAAGAAAGUUGCGAGGUUUUAGAUGGAUAAACAAGAUAAAGGACUUUUCUGAA